UGGGGCCCGCGCGGUUGCCAUGGCAGCGGGGUCGCGGCGGGCGCGCUGGCAGGCCCCGAGGCUGCUGGCAGCCAGGCGGUCGGCGGAGCCCCAGAACCGGACUGCCGUACCCGCAGCGCCUAGGGGCGAUCGGGCAGCGCCGCCGCCAUGUCCCUGAGCACCGGGGAGCCGGCCUCGGAGACGGGAGAUGACAGCCUGUCUGCAAUAACCUUCGACUCUGACUCAGAGACGAAAGCAAAAAGGAAAAGUUUCCACAAACCUCCCCCUACAUCACCGAAGUCACCUUAUCACUCUAAGCCGAGAAAAGUGGCCUCCUGGAGGUCUCUGAGGACAGCGGGCAGCGUGCCUCUCAGGGGCCGGAUGUCCUUGACCCCCCAGCAGCUGUGUCUGGGAAGCUCAAAGCAAGGUUAUGUUCCUGGGACCCCUGUCUACAGAGAGAAGGAGGACAUGUAUGACGAGAUCAUUGAGCUGAAGAAGUCAUUACACGUGCAAAAAAGCAAUGUGGAUCUGAUGAGAACAAAGCUUCGGCGCUUAGAAGAGGAAAACAGCAGAAAGGACCGGCAGAUAGAACAGCUUUUGGAUCCGUCCCGAGUCCCGGAUUUUGUUCGGACUCUGGCAGAGAAAAGGUCUGAUACUGGCUGGGUGAGUAUAAACUCCAGCAAAACAGAUAACCUGUCCACUGAAAUCUUACCUUCGAAACAGCCUUUAGAGAGAUGCCUUUUCUCUACAGCACUCAUCCCAGAGGAGGAGCAGAUUAGGGGAAGGGCUCGGGACUUCUUGAAACCCUACUUCACGGAGCCGGAGCCGUAGGGAUUACAGGAAGAUGCUGGGGGGCUCUUAGUGCAAGUGGGAGGGCGGCUGAGCAGGUUUAGCACAAAGGCCGGAACUACACUGUAGAGAAAGGUAGUCACAGUCGGGGGGUCCCCCUUGCCCCAUCACACCUAAGAAACACACAUCAGGCUUAACGAGUGGUGCUGAUUGAAGACAGAGAAACAAAGCGGGAAUAGAAUUAGACCUUAAAACACACACAAACCCCUCUUGUAUGUUUUGUGAUAAUACAUAACAGAUUGAAUGAAACAAAAUUAUGGAAAAUGGAGCCAUUAUGAUUAAUGCUAUGGCAAUAAACUAUAGCAGGUGGAGAAAAAUGUAUCACAAUAAACCUCACAUGAGUCAAGGAAGUACAUUUUUUUAAAAAAUCUGAUACGCUAAAAGAAAACUGGAAAGGAUCCAAUUUUGAGAUGAUUGAACAUAAAAAUCACGUUAACGAUGCAAUUAAUAAUGGGUUUGAUAACAUAAACUUAAAAUUUAUACAAAAAACCCAUAAGACUACAAUGGAAAAUGGAUCAGUGUAUAAUGGGUGAGGGGGAAAGACGUGAUUGAUCAAGAAAAGAGUUUUUAUCCAGAAUAUGCAAAGAGCCUAUACUACUGUAUAACGAAUAGAGGCAGUCUGUUCUGAAUAAAUGAUUACAGCCUAGUUCUGUGCCUAAAACAGCACAAAGCAAAUACCUAAGUGCUUGAGAACGAAUCAAUGUGUUUUUCACAAGAAAUGGUUCUUAAAUAAUAGCCACUCUUAAACACUGUAUAGUUGUACAGUUUGCAUGUACAGAAUCUCAUCUGAUUUUUUUGUAAUAGGGACUUCAAUCCCCAUUUUUAAAAUCAGGAAACUGAGGUUAAGAGAUUUGCCCAAGUUGGGUUCCUAGUGAGUGACCGUCGGCCCUGAAGGCCAGGAUGGUGUGACCAUCCUGGCAGGAGCCACGGUCUGUGGCACUGCGCCCACCAUUUGUCUAACGAUGCUCUUUUUAGGACUAUGUCUUGAGAAAAA